ACAACUGCAAUCACCACCGCAAGCACAAUGGCCACAAGUGCAACCGGAUCUGCAAUUUAAAUCAUGGCUUUAGAUAUAGUAUAUACUUAUUCAAUUGAGAACUUGAUAUUUCAGCUCACGUGUUUGUUUCAAAAUUAAUAUGUUGCGUUUCUGUUUCUGCCUUAUAAUAAUUCCUUCACGCUCAAGGACCUAACUAGUCGCAUUAAGAACUUUGAAUGGAGAAAAGCUCAAUGGAAUCUCUUGAUAAUGGAACUGAAACUAAUACAAGAAAGCAGAUCUUCUGUAACCGGCCCUUGAAUAUGAAGAACGUUAAUGCUGUGGGAUUUGACAUGGAUUAUACCUUGGCGCAAUACAAGGCUGAAACUUUCGAAUCCCUUGCUUAUGAACACACAGUCCGAAAGCUCGUAGAUAACUUUAAAUAUCCUAGUGAGAUACUGAAUCUGUCUUUUAAUUCAAACUACAUGGUUAGAGGUUUGGUUCUUGACAAAAAGAGAGGCAACAUUUUGAAGAUGGAUUGCCACAAAUAUGUGAAAGUAGCUUAUCAUGGAUUUGAAGAGUUGUCGAAAGAAGACAAAGUUCAGGCCUAUGGAAAGUUUUUUGUGUCUAAUUCUUUUGAUGAGCCGGAAUACGCUCUAGUAGACACACUCUUUUCGCUAGCCGAAGCCUACUUGUUUGCGCAACUGGUUGAUUUUAAGGACUGCAAUCCUGAGAAGAUUCCACAGUCUGUUGAUUAUGCCUGUCUCUACAAAGAUGUUCGAAAUGCUGUAGAUAUGUGCCACCGAGAUGGAACGUUGAAGCAAAAGGUUGCAGAGAAUCCCGAGAGGUAUAUCAAUGACGACAAGUCUAUAGUCCCCAUGCUUGAAAUGCUUAAAGAGUCCGGACGAGUUACAUUUUUGGUGACAAACAGUUUAUGGGACUAUACAUGUGUUGUCAUGAAUUUUAUCUGUGGAUCCAAUGAGAUGAAUGACGGUUCCAAAUUCGACUGGCUUCAAUACUUUGAUGUUGUCAUCACUGGCAGCGCAAAGCCGAAUUAUUUUCAGGAAGAUAAUCAUGCUAACCUGUUUGAAGUUGAGCCUGAGAGUGGAGUGCUCCUUAAUACAAACAACGGCUCUCCUCUGCCUCAGGUGGGUAGUUUCGCAGCAAGGGUAUCAACCGAAGAUAAGAACAGUGGUCAUAAGGUUUUCCAGGGAGGCAAUGUCAGUCAUCUGUAUCCUCUACUCGAUAUAGGAUCGAGUUCACAGAUUCUGUAUGUUGGGGAUCAUAUAUAUGGAGAUAUACUGAGCAGCAAAAAAACUCUUGGUUGGAGAACAAUGUUGGUAAUCCCAGAGCUUGAGACCGAGGUUCAACUCCUCCAGAAAUUGAGGGAUGAUCGCAAGGAACUUAGAUCUCUGAGGAGCCGUUGCGCUGACAUUGAGGAUAAAAUACAUCAUUUGAAUCGGUCUCUCAAACUGAAGAAUCCAGAUGAUGAUACCAAGCAGGAGUUAAAUUCGGAAAUUGAUCAGUUAGAGGUUGAAAGAAAGACUGUGAGAUUAGAUCAUCAAGAAGCCCUAAGAGAGUUACACCAACAGUUUCACCAGCCAUGGGGACAACUGAUGAGGACUGGUUACCAGAACUCUCGCUUUGCUCAACAGGUUAAGAGAUUCGCCUGCCUUUAUACAAGCAAAGUAUCUAACUUGGGCAUGUUUUCUCCGGACAAAUACUAUAGACCUAGUGAAGAUUUUAUGCAACACGAAUAUGGCAUUUUGGAAAGCUGAGCUCUUCAACUAUCUAUCUGGUUUAUUUCCCCUCGACUCUCGAUAUCUGUUGUACGUAAAGUCGGUGCACGAGGGUUCGAACUCUAUUACGAGGGUAAAAUGUUGAUGCUUAUUAGAUUUUUGUUUUGUUGGAUAUACUUCACUUGAAUGCCAGUGACAGAAAUGGCAUUUACAGAAUUUAUUCGGUUUAUACACUGAGACACUGGUUAUUACUAUUAUUAUUAUUAUUAUUCCCGACUGGUUUAACGAGACA